AAUCUUAAACAUGAAUAGCGUUUGUAAGAUCAUAUUGUAUUCGUUGUCUACGUUCACAUGUCACUGUGUCACGUAACCAUUACUACUCCCUCUAAUAUUUUGAAUAGAAGCAACUUUCUACAAACUUUGUUAAAAUGGCUCGCUACUUACAAGAGCAUCAAAUUGCAGAAUAUCGAGAUUGUUUUAAUCUUCAUGAUGAAAAACAAAAUGGGAGGAUUAUGUGCAGUCAGUUGAUCACUGUGAUGAGAAAACUAGGAGCAUGCCCAACUCAGGGUGAAGUGAAGAAACACCUCGCUUAUUUACAGAAAAAACCAAACGAAUAUAUGGAUUUUUCCCAAUUCCUCACUGUUAUGCAUAGGCAAACACCAAAUGAAAAUGUUGCAGAUGAAAUAUCUGCUGCAAUGCAGUUAACCAGCCUUGAACAUCGAGGGAAAAUCCCCAAAUCAAGACUUCGUUAUAUCCUCAUGAAUACUGGUGAAAAACUCAGCUCACGUGAAGUUGAUCAAAUGUUUAGAGCAGCAAAUAUUCAGAAGAAAGAUUCCAUCAAUUAUCGGGAGUUUGUGCAUAUGAUUAUGCAACCAAUACCAGAUGAUUAUUAAUUUGGAUAUUUUGUUACAUCAUACAGAAUAUUUAUAUCAUCAUUAUCAUAUAAAACAGGGGUGACUAUACUGUAUCUCAAGCCAUGUUAGGGUAAAAAGUAAAUUUAAUUUCUACGUAUAGAUUUCUCAGUUGUUAUCUCAUUUAGUGUAUAUGUGCAUGGCUCUUUGCAUUUGCUUUUUUUGUAUAAAAUAUAAAAUUUGGGGUUUUGUUUGGUCACUCCUGCUACAGUGCUACAGAACAUAAUUUUUUUAAUUUCGCUUUUUUGUAAUCAUACGCCAAGUGUUACAUCACAAAGUGCA